AGUUCUGUCAGUUUGCGCCAGUCACGAACGCUAUAGCGCGGUUGCGUAUGCAUCUGAGUCGCCAUGACUGUGUUGGUUCCUUCUGGAGGGGAUCCGGGUUUGCUUCCGGUGCAGUCGGAGGGCCUCCGAACAGUACUCCUCAUGAACUGUAUGCAGAUGUCCAUCUUGAAUCUGAAGGGAAUUGGCUCCCCUCUGGGAAUGUAAAUCUGAAGCCCAGUGUUGCAGUACCAAAUAGAGAGAUGUUGGCCCUGAAUAAGAUGAUGUCUAUUCCCCUGUGCCCCUAUAUCCUGAAUGUACAUGAACAAGACAAAUUAUUAAAAGGUUCUCUUAAGGAACAGAUUACCGUGGUAAAAAGAGAGAAAGUCAAUCCUGAGACUUCUCGCCAGAACUUCAGAUGUUUUCCAUACCCAGAGAAGGCUGGGCCCCGAGAGGCUGUAAACCAGCUUUGGGAACUCUGCCUUCAGUGGCUAAGGCCAGAGAUUCACACAAAGGAACAGAUCCUGGAGCUGCUGGUACUAGAGCAACUUCUGACCAUCUUGCCCAGUGAGAUCAGGAUUUGGGUAAAAUCACAGCAUCCACAGAACAUUAAGGAGGUGAUCACCUUAGUGGAGGAUUUGACCCAAAUACUGGAAGAGGAAGCUCCAAGUUCUCAAGAUCCUGCUAUUCUCCAAGAGGGAAGCUUAGAGAAAGAAAACUCAACAGUGCUCCCAUUAGCCAGAUUUCAGGAAUCAGUGACAUUCAAAGAUGUGGAUCCAGAUUUCACUUUGGAAGAGUGGGCUCAACUGGCUCCUGUUCAGCAGGACCUCUAUAAGGAAGUACUUCUGGAGAACUAUAGGAAUCUGGUUUUUCUUGGGCUUUCAGUUCCCAAACCAGAUGUGAUCUCCCAGUUGGAACGUGGGGAAAUGCCAUGGAUGUUGGAGAGUGAAGCCCCAAGGACCAUCUGUCCAUAUUUUGAUACUUUGCCUGAUGCAAAGGAGCCACUUCCAAGGUUGGAAACUUCUAUAGAAAAGCUGUCUCAGAGGGCAAUAAUGGAAAGACCUAUAAGACACAGUUCCUGGGCCUUCAGAUUAGGAGAAACCUUUAAAUUUCAAGGCACAGUAGUGAGGGAGCAAAGCCAACAGGAGAAUCAUUUGACACAAGUAAUGAUUACACCUGACAAAACUCUAAGUAAGGAAGAAGCCUCUGAAAGUAAUGAGUCUGGGAGACACUUAAGUCUGAGAUCAAUUCUAAUUACACCACAGAAAGUUCCUAUAGUAAAUAGUGUCUAUAAAUAUAAUAUGCAUGAAAAGUGUUUUAAAGAUGAUUCCCAACUAACUAAAUGCCCCCAAAUCUAUACAGCUCAGAAACCUUUUAUGUAUAACGAAUUUGAAAAAGCCUUCAGGCAUAUUUCACAACUGAAACUUCGCUAUACUCAUCAUUCUGGAGAAAAAUCCUACAAAUGUAAUGAAUGUGGGAAAGCCUUCACCAAAUGGGCAAACCUUACUCGUCAUCAGAGAAUUCAUUCUGGAGAAAAACCCUAUAAAUGUGAUGAAUGUGGAAAAGCUUUCACACAAAGGACACACCUUACUCAGCAUCAGCUUACUCAUAUUGGAGAGAAACCAUUUAAGUGUAAUGAAUGUGGAAAAGCUUUUUUCCAGCGGAUACACCUUACCCAACAUCAGCAUACUCAUAUUGAAGAAAAACCAUUUAAGUGUAAUGAAUGUGGGAAAGCCUACAGCUACAUUUCACAGCUUAGUCUACAUCAAAGAAUUCAUUCUGGAGAGAAAUCUUAUAAAUGCAACGAAUGUGGAAAAGCCUUUACCAAAUGGGCAAACCUUACUCGACAUCAGAGAAUCCAUUCUGGAGAGAAACCCUAUAAAUGUAAUGAAUGUGAGAAAGCCUUCUCACAGAGGGCACACCUUACUCAGCAUCUGCUUAUUCAUAGUGGAGAAAAACCAUUUAAGUGUAAUGAAUGUGAGAGAGCUUUCAGCCAGGUUUCACAACUUAAUCUUCAUCAAAGAAUUCAUACUGGAGAAAAACCUUAUAAAUGCAAUGAAUGUGGGAAAGCCUUCACUCAACGGACAAUCCUUACCCAACAUCAGAAAAUUCAUUCUGGAGAGAAACCCUUUAAAUGUAAUGAGUGUGGGAAAGCCUUUACCAAGCGUUCAAACCUUACUCAACAUCAACAUAUUCAUAUUGGAGAGAAACCAUUUAAGUGCAAUGAAUGUGGGAAGGCUUAUAGCUACAUUUUACAGCUUAAUAUUCAUCAAAGAAUUCAUUCUGGAGAGAAACCCUAUAAAUGUAAUGAAUGUGGUAAAGCCUUCACCAAGCGUGUAAUCCUUACUCAACAUCUGAAAAUUCAUUCUGGAGAGAAACCCUAUAAGUGUAAUGAAUGCUGUAAAGCUUUUACCAAGCAAGCAAACCUUACUCGACAUCAGAGAAUUCAUUCUGGAGAGAAGCCUUAUAAAUGUAAUGACUGUGGCAAAACCUUUACCCAAAAACCAAACCUUACUCAACAUCAAAGAAUUCAUACUGGAGAUAAGGUCCUUGCACAUGGUAGAUGUGUAAUUAAUGUUUGUUAAAUUGAAGCAAAUUAAAAUAUUUUGCUGAAAUCUA